GUGCUGAUCCGAAUCGUGCUCCCACCUGGCCAGGGAGGCUGAUUCAAGUGAUUGCCAGUCCCUAGACUCUUCAACUGGGUUCCUGGCUCCUGCUCGCGGUGGCGGCCUCAAGCGGCCAGUGCCUCUCAUCAACCCUGUCAUGGCUCUGAGCACCCUUGCCCCUCAACUGGGGAGUGCGUCGUGGGCGGCGACCACUGGUCAUCGUCCACACGGGGCCAGUUCAAGGGAGGCGUGUGUUGCAGGGACUCGUCUGGCCCUACACGGAGCACCAGAGGCCCCCACCGCUGCUGCUGCGGUCUCUGCCUUCUGGGGGCACCAGCUGCGGCGGCUGCCUGGCGCGGCUAUCCGCAGCCAGCGGACAGCAUGCUCAAGGAUCAGAGCGGUCUCAGUGGUGGAGGCUCCCCCGUCCGCAGGGGAGGUGGUGGACUACGCUGCUCUGGCCAAGGAUCUGGCGGCGUCGUCCCCGCUGGAGAUCAUGGACACUGCGCUGGACCUGUUUGGCAAAAACAUUGGCAUUGCCUUCAGUGGGGCUGAGGAUGUGGCCCUCAUUGAGUACGCGCGGCUCACGGGACGGCCCUUUCGGGUGUUCAGCCUGGAUACCGGCCGCUUGAACGCAGAGACGUACCGCUACUUUGCUCAGGUGGAGGCGCACUACGGCAUCCGCAUCGAGUACUGCUUCCCGGAGGCCAAGGAGGUGGAGGACCUGGUGCGCACCAAGGGCAUGUUCAGCUUCUACGAAGACGGCCACCAGGAGUGCUGCGCCGUCCGCAAGGUGCGGCCGCUGCGUAAGCAGCUGCGGACGCUGGACGCGUGGAUCACGGGGCAGCGCAAGGACCAGAGCCCCGGGACGCGAGCCGCUGUGCCGGUGGUGCAGGUGGACCCCGCGUUUGAGGGCCUCUCUGGGGGGCCCGGCAGCCUGGUCAAGUUCAACCCGCUGGCCAACGUCAAGGGCACCGAUGUGUGGGGCUUCCUGCGCCUGCUCAAUGUGCCCGUCAACGAGCUGCACUCCAAGGGCUUUGUGUCCAUUGGGUGUGAGCCGUGCACGCGGUCGGUGCUCCCUGGGCAGCAUGAGCGGGAGGGCCGCUGGUGGUGGGAGGAUGCCACCAUGAAGGAGUGCGGCCUGCACAAAGGCAACAUUGCCGUGGCCGCCCCUCAGUCGGCUGCUCCCCUCACCACCGGCAAUGGCGCGGCCGCCGCCAACGGCGCUGCGCCGGGGGCGGAGGUGGCGGCUGGGACGGAGGGGGAUGCCAGCACGGAGGCGAGCACUGCCGUGACGAGUGCGCCGUCGGAGCACGCGGACCUGUACGCCGACACGGACGCGGUGGCGUCGCUGAGCAAAGAGGACGUGGAGCAGCUGCUGCGCAGCACGGGCCAGGACGCCACGCUGCUGGUGCUCUACGCGCCCUGGUGCCGCUUCUGCCAGGCCAUGGAGGAGAGCUACGUCCAGCUGGGCGAGCAGCUGCGGGGCACCAACGUGCGGGUUGCCUCCUUCCGGGCCGAUGGGCCCGAGCGCGCCUUUGCGCAGAAGGAGUUUGGCCUCAAGAGCUUCCCCACCAUCGUGCUCUUCCCGCGGCGAGCGCAAGGCAGCCGUAGCCGCGCCUUUGUUACCUACCCCUCGGAACGGCGGGAUCCGGCCAGCCUCCUCGCCUUUGUGAGUGCCAUUGCGGGGCCAGUGGGAGAAACCUGGAGCGGGCCUUAGGGGACGGGUUUUGGUCGAUCAUUCAUGUGUCCAAGAAGCGUCCUUGUUUUGAGAGAUGCGCAUUCGUCCUUACAAGGAUAUGAGGAGGUGCCUUUAAGCAUCAAUAGCAGCCAGAGGACAAAGAGUUCUUUAGUACGGUUACAUGUAGGCCGCCCACAGUCUGGGUCUGUAUGCUUUUGCCGACUUCGUCUACAUUGGUUAAUUGAUAGUACUUAUGUCAACGCAUCUUUGUUCGUUGCUCAAGGGUUCUUGUGCACGAGGUGAGCUAGCCAUGGCUACAUGCUAAGGACCACUUUCUCUCUUUGGGCAUAUCAAGAUAGAGGCGACGUGCUUGACGUUAUUUGACAUAGUCGGACAGAGCUUCAGCAAGCAUUUUCACCGUGCAGCAGCUGGGUGGCCAUUCAUUGUGAUGCAUGCACUAGCU